CCUCUCCCCCGCACACCACUCCUCUCCCCACAACCCGCAACACAAACCCUAACCCUCCCAUCUGACCCAUGUACCCUCUCCCCAAUUGGGCCGCCGCCGCCCAUCUACGGCGGCUAAUCCCACCUCCUCGCCUUCAUUGAUGACCACCUGCUCCCACGCGCCAGCUCCUUCCCCUCAUCGCCUCGCUCCUCGCCUUCCCCGCCGACCACCCGCUCCGCGACCACCUCGUCGCCACCGCCGCCUCUGGCCUCGCCUUCGUGUUCUCCGUGCCGGUCUCCGACCACCUACAAGGUAGAGUCGUACCUCUCCCUAUCUCCCAUGGUGUCAGAUCAAGCCGACGAGGUCAGCCCGCGGCCAGAUCCGCCAUGGCCACAUCGGGCCUGCCGGAUCCGUGUCGUCGUCGAGCUGGAUCCUCCUCGGAGGCCAUGCGAGGACGAUGGUCGUUGACGACGGCGUCGGCAGGUGCGUCGAGGUCCCUCCUCCAUCUUCAUCCCCCUCCCCUCCCCUCCACCGAUCUGCACACCCCAUCCACCGUCCUCGGAUCCCCUCCAGCAGCCCUCCCCCUCUUUCAACUCUGAAUCCGCCGGAGCCCAGCCGACGCCCGCCAUGAGCACCUCCGAGUACGACUACCUCUUGAAGCUGCUCCUCAUCGGCGACUCCUCCAUCGGCAAGUCGUGCCUCCUCCUCCGCUUCGCCGACAAUUCGUACGGCGGCAACUACAUCAACACCACCGGCGUUGAUUUCAAAAUCCGGACCGUCGAGCUCGACGGCAAGUCGGUGAAGCUGCAGAUUAAUCUCUUGACAACCGUCUUGGUCUUCUUUGGACUCGCACGGAAAGAGAGCAUUAACCAAUGUUGUUAGUUCUUUGAUCUGUCCACCGAGGAAGAGGGGGCAUCUUUGAUCUGUCCACAACCUGGUUCCUCUUUUAGAGGAGCUCCACGCCUGAGAUGUUUGGGAAGUGUGAAAACGUGAACAAAAGUGCAAAGUCGUGAAGCCCUAUCCAGCAAAGAGUUGUUUAUUCUAUUUGACUAUAAUAGAUGGUAAAAAUUGUAAUAUUUUAAUAUUGUAAUAAACUUUAAAGUUUGUAAUAGACUAAUAUUGAAAUGUGAAGCCAAGCGUGAGGUCGUGAAGCAUAGGUCGUGAAGCCUAUAUGCAAAGAGUAGCAUAUCAUGUAUUGUGAUAGUAGGGUGUAGUAGGCAUAUUUGAGUUGUAGUAGUGUAAAGAUUGUAAUAGACUAAUUUAGUGUUUUUUGGACGAAUUUCAUUUGUUCUGUGAUCUGUUCAAAAUAUUGAUUUCGUA